AUGCAUCAACCACCGACGCCCCACGGCUGGCAUCGCAACCUCGUAAACCCUCCAUCAGGCACCGAGAGCAUCGUAGGCAUCGUGGCCAACCAGAGGCCCUCUCGACUGGUGACUACUGUCCUCCGCCCCCGCCGCCAGGCGAGUCGGUCCCUCGUUCGGCUGACCGGCCUCUUUGGCAAAGGAGCGAUCUUCAUCGCUCUAAGCUACAGUGACCGUAGCAAGCGCCGGGCAGAGACUCCUAUCAUCACGUCUACCCUCGACCCUCGACCCUCGUCGGCCGCGGCAAGGGUGCAACGAGCUAGGUUUCAUCGUACAUACAUUCAUGAUUCAUGA